AUGCGCAGGCGGGCGGGAAGCAGCCGGGCGGGGUUGCGGGACGCGGCGCUCAGCUCCCACCGCUGGGCGGUCAACAGCGCGGGCCUGGCGGAGCGCGGCAACGCGCGGAGAUCGCGAGGCGACCGGGGCCAGCUGGGCCCCCGGCGGCGCGCCCCUCGGCCCGGCCGGGAGCCGCGCCAGUCGGAGCCCCUGGCCGAGGGCGGCCAGCCAGCUUCUCAGCGUCCAUCCCUCCGGAGAGCAGCCGGGGGGCAUGAGCGACCCACCAGGGGCGCCGCCGCCGGCGCUCGCAGGCCGCGGGUGAAGAAGAAAGUCCGUACCCGCUCGGCCCGGAGCGAGGAGGCGCCGCGAGACGAGGAGGCGCCCCAGAUCGAGGAGGCGCCCCCGGCCGAGGAGGUGACCCCAGACGACGUGAUCCAGGCGGAGGAGGUGACCGCGACCGAGGAAAUGGCGGCAGCCGGGCUCAGCGUGACCGUCACCCACAGCAACGAGAAGCAUGACCUUCAUGUCAUCCCUCAGCAGGGCAGCAGCGAACCAAUUGUCCAAGACCUGGCCCAGGUUGUUGAAGAGGCCAUAGGGGUUCCACUGCCUUUCCAGAAACUCAUAUUUAAGGGAAAAUCUCUGAAGGAAAUGGAGACACCAUUGUCAGCACUUGGAAUACAAAAUGGUUGCCGGGUCAUGUUAAUUGGGGAAAAGAACUGUCCAGAGGAAGAGGUUGAACUAAAGAAGUUGAAGGAUUUGGAGAAGUCUGUGGAGAAGAUAGCCAGCCAACUAGAAGAGUUGAAUAAAGAACUUAGUGGAAUCCAACAGGGUUUUCUGGCCAAGGAUUUGCAAGCCGAAGCUCUCAGCAAACUUGAUAGGAGAGUAAAAGCCACAAUUGAGCAUUUUAUGAAGAUUUUGGAGGAGAUUGACACCCUGAUCCUACCAGAAAAUUUCAAAGACAGUAGACUGAAAAGGAAGGGUUUGGUGAAGAAGAUCCAGGCGUUCCUAGCUGAGUGUGACACAGUGGAACAGAACAUCUGCCAGGAGACUGAGAGGCUCCAGUCUACAAACUUGGCCUUGGCUGAGUGAUGUGCCCUGAAGAGGAGCUGUGCUACCCAGAAGAACAGUGCCACCAGCUUCUCUGGAAUGGAAGUGGCCUGAUUUUCCCCCGGGCUACCAGGGGCAAUUGGCCAGUUGCCAACUGUGCCCCCCCUACACCAGUUCUCAGUGAAAAAGUGUCUUCGCGAUCUUAAGUUAGAGCUCCUGUCUGUGUUCCCCUCUGUCUUUGAGUGGCUGUGCUGUCCAGCAGCCCACCUUUUCUGGAAAAGGCAUUCUCUGCCCAACUUUCCCAGCCCUGGUGACUUCUGGGUGCUUUCUAUGGGAUGGGGAGAGCUUGUUUGCCCUGAGCUAGCUCCCGGUUUAUAGGCUCUCCUGGCCUUCAGGUACACAAGAGCUUUCUUGCCCAGGUGAUCCCAUAGUCUCACAGAUGGAAAAGCAGAAUCACCAGAAGGUUGUAGCCACUCAGGAAUGCUGACAAUGGCAUGGAAUGGGUGUUCACCACACAGGCAGUCCCAGUGUCCCUCACACCUGGCUGGGUUGUUGGUUUACAGACCCUGCUCAGCCCCAGGCCGUGACGUCAGGCCCAUUCCUGGAUGAGACUUGUGAUGGAUGGAUUUCCCCGUCCCCACGCAGCAGGUCAGAACCCGGUGCUGACUGAGUCUCUGCUUGAAACAAGGCCGCGGCCAUGGCUUAGGAAGGGCUGAGACGGGGAGCCGGAGAGUAGAACAAGCAGGUGGUGAGACCAGCACCGACGAGAAGCUUCUCAGGAGUGACAUGUGCUUCCUUCAAAGGCGUCUGGGCCCUGUGCCCUCAUGAGUGCUAUUAUUUUCCUCAAGGUUGUUCUUGUCUGUUUUUUGGAUCCUCCCUCUCCCCGUUGUUAUUAAAAAGUUUGUAUGUCCACCAUCAA